UGGUAAAAUUCAGGCAAUUUAUCAAAGUCGACAGCGGUUCAACCGCCCAAAAUCAAUUAUAAAUCCAACUACUACGUAUUCUUUAAUCGACCUUAAACUCAGCCAUAUCUUCAUUCUUCAGUCAACCCACAGCCUAAAAAUCUUAUCAUGGCUUCUCCUCCGGCCUCAACUAAAGUAGUUCACGAUUUCUUCCCCAUUCUUCGCGUCUACGAGGACGGCCGCGUCGAGAGGUUUCACAACUAUGUUUCUGUCCCUCCGACCGACAACCCAGAAACCGGCGUUCAAUCCAAAGACGUCGUGAUUGUACCAGAAAACAACGUCUGGGCCCGCCUGUACCUUCCCAAGGUCACCGACGGCGCCCAGAAAUUCCCCGUUCUAGUCUACAUCCACGGCGGCGCCUUCGCCAUUGAGUCCGCCUCCUCCGCCACCUACGACAGGUAUCUCCACUCCGUGACGGCCAAAGCCAACGUCGUAACCGUUUCAGUCGAGUACAGGCUGGCGCCGGAGCACAAACUCCCGGCGUGUUACGACGAUUCCUGGGCGGUUAUGCAGUGGGUCGCGUCGCAUGGUAAGGACGGCGGACAAGGAUCCGACCCGUGGCUGAAAAAUCACGCCGAUCUCUCCCGGGUUUUCUUGGCCGGCGAUAGCGCCGGAGCCAACAUCGCACACUACAUGAUGGUGAAGGCAGGCGAGGAAACAUCUCAAGAUUGUCUAAAACCCGUGGGGAUGAUUUUGGCCCACCCGUAUUUCGGAAUCAGCGGCGAACCCGAUAAGCUCUGGGAUUUUGUUUAUCCUGACUGCCCGGCCUCCGGUGACCCGAAGGGGAACCCAGCGGCCAUUCCGGGUCUUCUCUCGCAGCUUGGCUGCUCGAAAAUUCUGGUGUGUAUUGCGGAGAAGGAUUUCAUCAGAAAAAGAGGAUUGAAGUAUUAUGAGGCACUGAAGAACAGUGGGUGGGGCGGCCAACUGGAGCUCGUGGAUACCGAUGGCGAAGAACACGUUUUUCAUUUGCUGAAUCCGACAUGCGAGCAGGCGGAUUUAUUGAUGAACCGUGUCGUGUCUUUCCUGAGCAGCACCUAAAUUAAUUUUCAUCCUCCUGUAUU